GCCUCCCUUCUGAAUCGCGCAUGCAUCUUGGGAACCGCUCCGUUUCCGAUUCAGUGGCAAAAUUUGUUUGAUGGGUCACAAAUUAUACAUAUAAUAGAAUCAGAGAGCCCCUCUAACCGCUCUGUUUCGUUCUGUUGCUGCUGUGUUUUGCCAUCUCCCAAUGCCCUCUCUUAAUUGCUUCAAAGUUUCAGGUGGCAUCAAAGCACAAGAAUUGGGGAAGCUUAUCCCUUAUGAGUUGACUGUGAGUCCUGGACAGGAUGUGGCGAAGGCGAUAUGGGAGGCUUGGGGAGCAAGCAAUCGGUUUGGUUGCAUACUUUUUGCUUCUGGUAGUAUAGCAAGAGCCAUAUUUGGUAGACCAAACUCAAAUAGAAUUCGUAUAUAUGAGGGGAGCUUUAAGAUUCUGUCAAUGUCUGGACAUCAUAUGCUGCGAGACGAUGGUUCUGAAACUUCGAGUUUGAGCAUCACACUGGCUGCUUCUGAUGGAACUGCUUUUACUGGUACCCUCAUCAACACCUUGACAGCCAAUGACACUGUUCAAAUUUCAUGCUACCAAAACCGAUAA